UUGCUUGGAUCGGAUGAAGGGAAGCAAUUUACUAUCAACAACAGGCUCAUACACUUAAGCUACGAGCCUGUUUGAUAAGGCCUCGAGACAAGCGUUUAGAGGGCAGCGCAGGGACAGACUGUAAUAGCCGCAGCAGCAGACACGGAAAGAGAUGCGUAUGUGUCGCCACAGGCAGCAGCAGUGUGUUGUGUGGACAUUCUCGCAGAGCGACACGAAUUAUUAGAUGAGCUGUCCGGACCGGGUGUGGAUCAGUCGGUUCGCGUGGCAGUUUCCAAACAGUGGUAACAAGUGACACCGUGCGGUUGGGCGGCUUCCUUCGUGUACAAUUGCAAUUCUUCCUCCAAAUAUCCGAACCAAAGCCUCAAACCAAUAUGCCAUCGAAUAUUCUGGUCACCGGCGGAGCCGGCUUCGUUGGAUCGCACACCGUGCUAGAGCUGCUAAAUGCGGGCCACACGGUCAUUUGUGUGGACAAUCUUUGCAACGCGUACGGCGGUGGCGCUGGGUCCAAGCUGCCGGAGUCGUUGAAACGGGUGCAGCAAAUUACGGGUGCUAGCAUAAUCUUCUACGAUGUGGACAUCAGAAAUCGGGAGGAGCUGCAGGGUGUCUUUCUGAAGCACAAAAUCGAUUGCGUAGUGCACUUUGCUGCCCUAAAGGCCGUGGGAGAAUCAUGCCGUAUACCGUUGAAGUACUAUCAGAACAAUAUCACCGGCACCAGCGUCCUGCUCGAGGUGAUGGCUGAGGCCGGUGUGUUCAAGAUAGUGUACAGCUCGAGUGCGACGGUCUACGGCGAGCCGCAGAAGCUGCCCCUGACGGAGAGCCACCCGACGGGCAAUUGCACUAAUCCGUACGGCAAGAGCAAAUACUUUACGGAGGAAAUCAUGAAGGACCUGUGCGAGUCGGACCCGCGCUGGUCGGUGGUGUCCCUGCGCUACUUCAACCCGGUCGGAGCGCACAAGUCCGGCCGCAUCGGGGAAGAUCCGAAUGGUGAGCCGAACAAUCUGAUGCCCUACAUUUCGCAGGUUGCCGUUGGGCGCCGAGAGUGCUUGCGUGUGUUCGGUAGCAACUACGAUACGCCGGACGGUACGGGGGUGCGCGAUUACAUCCACAUCGUCGACCUGGCGGAGGGCCACGUGAAGGCGAUCGAUAAGCUGGCGGGCGGUUCGAUCGGCGGAUUCUGUGUGUAUAAUCUGGGUACGGGUCGUGGGUACUCGGUGCUGGAAGUAGUUAAAGCCUUCUCGAAAGCUUCCGGGAAGGAGGUGAAGUACGAAAUUGUAGAUAGACGUGCCGGCGACGUGGCUGCCAGCUAUGCGGACGUUUCGCUCGCCGCCAAAGAACUCGGCUGGACCGCCAAGCGAGGACUGGACGAGAUGUGCGAGGACACCUGGAACUGGCAAAAAAACAAUCCCAACGGGUUCGCCGGGUAGUGAUGGAACACGGGAGGUGAAGGUGGACAGGAGAAUGUGUGUGUGUGUAUAUUACCAGCACGCUGAACUAACUGAACCCGACCAAAGGCAUUCGUUGCAUUUAAGGCAAUUCCUAGUAAUGUUUUAUCCAAAUAGCACACAGCAUUUAGUUGCAUUUCUUCUUAUGCUUUCCGCUUAGAUAAAUUAGUCCAAAUCAGCUAUGCACUUGUAUACUAACAAUCUUAUGGGAAUUAUAGUGAAAUUUAAAGUGUGUAAUAUUUUUUCCGAAGAAUAAAUGAUCACCGCUAACAGACAUGUUGGAAGCAAUCGAAAAAUGUUUUUACAAUAAAACCA